AUUUUUCUGACACCCACUUCUCUGACUUAAUAAUGUAGUAUAGAUAUCUCUUCUUAUCUUUCUAUUAUUCUGGCACCCACCCCUUAACCCUAGAAUGUAAUUCAGAACUCUCAUCUAGUUAUAUGUGCUUAACACAACUGAAUCGAAACAUCUUUUUGGCAUAUUUGCUCAGGGGUCGAUAGCCUGGCAUGCGCUCGAUACUUGACCCCGUCUUCCCGAGCCUUAACGUUGAGCUCUGAGAUAUGCCCCAACUUCUCUAUUCCUUGACUCUGGCUAAUAAUAACAGAAAGUGCAUAUUUCAUCAGAUCUCCCUCCUCGAAUUCAGAUCUCCCUCUUUGUUCAAGGUAUGCCUCUUUUAACUUAUUUUUGUUAAUAUUUUAUGCCUCUUUUAACGUAUUUUUGUUAAUAUUUUGUGCUCUUCAUGUUCACUGCAAAAAAACUACUAUUUCACUGCAAAAACCCUAUUCUUCAUCCUUGUCUCUUCUUAGGCCAUGUUCAGUUUUUAUUCUUUUAUUUUUAGAUCUAAAAAUUGAGAAAUAGUCGAUAAUGGAGUUUAAAGAAUUAUAUCAUAGUUCUGUUCUGGAAAAUAAACAAAACAUGAGUUUGAUUCAUAUAUAAAAAUCAGAAUUUAAAGACCUAAAAGGUUUUAAAGCCAGCAGUAUAUUUUGUAGUAAACACAAAUUUAAACCUUCCAAACUCACAAUAAAAGUAUUUUUCAAAUAAAAAUAAUUGUAAUUAACACAAAUAUAAAGUUAUUUAAGCAACUGCAAAAGCAGUAAAAUAUAGGUUCAUAUUACAUAUUAUUUACAAAAUUCAGCAUAAAUUUUUGACAAAGCACUUAAGAUUUCUCAAGGAAUUUGGACUUCUGUCAUAUAAUAUUUAAAGGUACAAAAAUUUGUGGAAUGAAUACGUUUUUAAAGGCAUUAAAAAAAUCAGUUAGCGAGCUAUUGAAACGCAUUAAUUCAAAGUUUAAAACAGAAAAUAUGCUUAACACCAAAUAUGUAUUUUUUUAAGUUCAUGAUCACAAAGAAUAUUUACUAAUACUAGCAAGGGAAAAUGGAAUAGAAAUUCUAAAAAAUUCAGCAUUUAAUAGUAGAAGAAUUCAAAAAAAAAAAAGAAUUCAGAAACUAUACUUUGAAGCAUAAAAAUUCACAAGUAGUUAAUGAAUUCUUGAAAUAAUUCAAUUCAGACAUUUGAAAACGGUAAUAAAAAUAAAAGUUAGUUUCAAAAGCAUUUUGCAGGUAAGAAAAUUCAGUAAUAGAAAAUUGAAAAAUUGGUUUCCUCUCCUGAAAUAUUUGUGUUUUCCAAAUAAAAAUAUAGCCACAACAAUAAAUAAAAUUAAGAAUCAUGAAACAUACGAACAAGCCAUCUUUGAUAAAAUCUUUGGAAUUUGAAAGUACAAAGAAAAUAGAAAAAACCAAACCAGAUCUCUAAUUUUUUUUUAUUUAAUUUAAAAAAGAAAUCUAUGGAUAAAAUACUACUGUAAUUUUAAUUGCUUAAGACAAUAUAAUUUACUUGGAUUUUCGUAAAAUUUGUUUAAAAUUAUGCAAAUUAAUAACUUUUGGAAAUUGGUGAAAAGAGAAGAUAAUUAUACUUAAGCAAGCAAUAUAUGAUAUGGUUAUGGAUAUGGAUUCCCCUAAUUUAGGAGAUAAAGAAAGAACAACAAAGAGUAUGACAUGGGGCUUUGGGAAAGGAGAUCCCAAACUCAUAUUAAUCCCUGGAGUAUUUUGCUUCUCUAUUCCCUCCAAGUAGCAGACCUUGUACCACUACAACAAUUCUCUCUCUCUCUCACCAGGUAUAUUUCAGGUACAUUUUUUUUUUUCUGUGGAAAGAUGGAUUCUCUAUCGGGCGAUUUGCCUGAUGAGCUAGUAGAAGAAAUCCUUGUGAAGUUGCCGGCACCUUCUGUCCUUAAUUUCAAGAGGGUCUCGAAACCAUGGUGUGAACUCUUGUCAUCCCCUUGCUUUCUACACUGCCACUCUCUCUUUCCUCAUUCUCCCUCCCAACCAUUUGCAAUCUUCCACCCAUUCCCAUACUAUCUCAAAAAGCAUCCUAUUUACACCAUCUCCCUCGAACACCAUGUACACAUCUUGCAACUCCAUGAACUACCCAAUUUCUCUUCAUGGAAGCCAAGAAGAGUGGCAUCCAGCAAUGGCAUCCUUUGUAUAUUAACAAUGGGGAGUACGUUCUCCAUUGUGAACACUGCUACCGGAGAAUCCACCCAUCUUCCACUUAUUCACAACGAUUCAUUGUUGUCUAUAUCCAAUUUUGGGUUCUAUUUCAACCCCCAAAAUUGCAAAUUCAAGGUGUUGGCUCUAUGUUCACCGAUGAUAUUAAUGAAGGUAACUAUAUGUUCGACUCAUCGAUCAGAAAAUGGACAUCCUUCGAGAGCAUAGAGCCUUUCAUGAAUGUAGCGGUCGGCUGCCAAAACCUCAUAUCCAUUGGGCAUAGCUGUUACACCUAUGAGACCUCAAGGCUGAUUGGUUUUGACAUGGUGAGAGAUGAAAUAGAGACCAUACCAGCACCACCAGAGUUCCGAAGAAAGUUCCAGGAAGUUGCAGUGUUGGAAUGGGAGGGUUGUGCUUCCCUUGCAUAUGUGCGCCAUGAUUUGGAGCUGAGGUUGUGGGUUUUAAGAGAAGACAAGAAAUGGGAGAAGGUGUUUACUGCAAAUUUGGGGGAGUUGGGGCUCGAAAAGAGAGAGGAUCUUCAUCCAUGUCCAAAGGUUCUGGUUGGGAUGGAUAUUUUGAUGGUUCUUGGUGAUGAGAUUGUGAGUUAUGGGAUUGAGAGUGGGAGGUUGAAUGCUUUCUUAUCUUGUGAGGAGGGAUUGUGUGGUGGUGAUUAUUUUUCCUACAAACCCACUCUCUUUUCUUGGGAUUAUUGUAAGAAAGCAAAAGGGAAUAAAGGUGGUAAGAAGAGGAGCUUUGCUCAAAUUGAGAAUGAACAAGUUCAUAAUGUGGAUCUUGGAGUGGACUUAUGCAAGCAAUUCGAUUUGGAAAAAGCUGGUAGAUCUUAGAGAUGCGGUUUUCAUUUUGUUUUAGUUGUCCAUAUUGUUGAAACAAGAAUUCGUGCCCUAACCAUUUAGAGCGCCAAUCCGCCUUUAAUUAAUUUUAUGUAAUUAGAGAUGUCAAAGAAGCUGCUGACCCAAACUUCUAGCAAUCUUUUUUUAAUUUUAUUGGUUUUUGCUUUUCUAAAUGUUAA